GUCACGUGGUACAUUUGUAAAAGUAAAAAAUAUUCGAGGGCAUGAUUAUCUAAUUAUUGAUUGGGAAUUCAAGUUUGCAUUUGUCAUAUAUCAAUCAUAAGCUAGUAUAGAUUGUGGCUUAUUAUAUCGAUUUUACUUAUGAUAUGUGAUGAAUUCAAGUGUUGUUCUGGCAGAGACUAGGCUUAUAUUGAGACUUCACAGAGCUACAUGUACAAAACUGAUAUCUUUGAGCCCCUGUAGCCAAAGGGCUCACUCAGACAAUUGGAGUCAUUCUUGGACCGCCAACAACAGGUCUUACAGCACCACAGGUUCCUUUAGUAAGGCAAUUUAUUAUUUCAGCUACCACACUUCAAAUAGCGUUAACAUCAGCACUGGAAACAACAUUUGUUACCCUAACAGCAGUUACCCUGACAACAACAAUCAAGAAGAUUUCAACAAGGCAGUGGUUGCCGACAAUAGUGACAAUUCAGUGAUGAAUCUCUCUACAGUAAUCUCACGAUUGAAUAAUUUUGCCGCCACAAGUCUUGCAGAAAGCUGGGACAAUGUAGGACUGCUAGUAGAGCCAUCACCGCCCUUUGAAGUCACUAAUCUCAUGAUUACAAAUGAUUUAACUGAACUUGUAUUGGAAGAGGCAAUUGAAAAGAACAUAAAUCUAAUUUUGUCGUAUCAUCCUCCAAUAUUUGUACCACUAAAGUCGCUCACACAACGAACUGCCAAAGAACGAAUCAUUGUCAAGUGUCUAGAAAGAAGAAUCGCUAUAUUUUCCCCACACACGAGCUAUGAUGCAGUUGAGAAUGGAGUCAAUGAUUGGUUGAUAUCUCCUUUUGUCGCAGAGGGCAGUAAGGUGGAACCAUUGCAUCCUGUAACUUCUAAAUGUUACGCAACCCCAGGACGCUAUCGAGUUGAUGUCAUAUUUCCAAUUGAGGACACUGAAAAGAUUUACGAUCAACUCAACUGUAUAGAUGGCGUUAGUCAAGUCUUCAGGUUGACAGUUGUGAACACUACAAAGUUUACCAUGAACUGUACAGACAGGGGUCUUGAACGAAUUGUGGCGUAUGUUAACUCCAGUAGCUCUGAAAUGGCGCAGCAAUCUGUGGAGAUCAUCACCCUUGAUAAGCCUCCAAUUCCAAAUCAUGGUAUGGGUAGGAAGUGUAAGAGGAAACAACCUAUCACAUUAGAGAAUGCAGUUGCCAUGGUGAAACAGCAUCUGCAGCUAGAUCAUGUUCGACUGGCCAUUGGGGAGAAAUGUGCACUGGAUUCUCCUAUCAAGUCUAUUGCAGUAUGUGCCGGAUCUGGAUCCAGUGUACUGAAGGGGGUCAAGGUCAAUAUGUAUGUGACAGGUGAAAUGUCUCAUCAUGACGUGCUUGAUGCUACGUCAAGAGGAAUCAGCGUCAUACUGUGUGACCACACGAACACUGAACGCGGCUAUUUACAUUCAUUAAAGGAUAAAUUUACAGAACUGUUUGAUAACAAAGUGACAAUUCAUUUAUCAAGUACAGAUACAGAUCCUUUGAAAAUUGUUUAGUCAUUAAGAAAAAUAGUCGUAAUCAUGCGAUUGAGUGGAAUGGACAAAACUAGAGGCCCGGUGUGAAAGAAAUUAUGGUC